CGCAGUCCAACGACACAUCCGGCCACUCUCUCCUCUCAGCUCUCCAGAAAGUUCUCCGCUGUGGAGCGGCUAUAAGAGCCAGCCAUCUUACUCCAGCAGCCUCAGCCUAACUCCAGUCAAAGCUACGACACUGUCACCAUCAGGCUGUAAGAACUACGUUGAAGUGUUACCAUGGUUCACGAAACCGGCUUCUAUGACCUCUUGGGUGUGAGCCCCAAAGCUUCACAGGAGGAACUCAAAAAAGCGUACAGAAAGCUGGCGUUGAAAUAUCACCCCGACAAGAACCCCAACGAAGGAGAGAAGUUCAAGCUGAUAUCCCAAGCGUACGAGGUGCUAUCAAACCCAGAGAAGAGAGAGUUGUAUGACCAAGGAGGAGAGCAAGCAAUCAAAGAGGGAGGCAUGGGUGGAGGAACGUCUCCAAUGGACUUGUUCAACAUGUUCUUUGGAGGUGGAGGAAGGAUGCAGAGAGAGAGAAGAGGGAAGAAUGUCAUCCAUCAGCUGGGUGUUACACUGGAGGAGAUGUACAACGGCAGCACCAGGAAGCUCGGGCUUCAAAAGAAUGUCAUUUGUGAAAAAUGUGAAGGUUAUGGUGGCAAGAAAGGUACUUUGGAGAAGUGCUCAAAUUGCAAAGGAAGAGGAGUACAAGUUAAAGUGCAACAGAUCGGGCCAGGCAUGAUUCAGCAGAUCCAGAGCAUGUGUUCAGACUGCCAGGGACAGGGUGAGAAAUUUAACUCCAAGGACCGAUGCAAGAACUGUAAUGGACGCAAAGUAGAACGCAAGAAGAAAAUUCUUGAAGUCCACAUUGACAAAGGUAUGAGAGACGGUCAGAAGAUUACAUUCAACGGAGAAGGCGACCAGGAGCCUGGACUGGAGCCUGGGGAUGUAAUCAUUGUACUGGAUCAGCAGGAGCACGCCGUGUUCCAGAGGAAAGACGAUGAUUUGAUGAUGAAGAUGAACAUCAAACUUGCAGAGGCUCUGUGUGGUUUCAAGAAAACCAUCCGCACAUUGGACGACAGAAUGCUCAUCAUCAACUCACACCCAGGUGAAGUUAUCAAGCACAAUGACAUAAAAUGUGUUCAGAAUGAGGGCAUGCCAGUUUUCAGGGAUCCUUAUGAAAAGGGACAGCUUAUGAUUCAUUUCCAGGUGGAAUUUCCAGAGAAAUACUGGCUUCCAGAGCAUCUCAUGUACCAGCUGGAAAGACUUCUUCCUCCGAGGGAAGAUGUGAUGAUUACUGAUGACAUGGAGGAGGUGCAGCUCUGUGAGGUGGAUGUGCGGGAACAGCAGAAGAGCUCCACCAGGGAAGUCUAUGAGGAAGACGAUGAUAGUCCAAGAGGGGGAGUGCAAUGUCAGACACAGUGAUCAUAGUCUGUGAUAAAACUGUUGUAGAGCAUGUAGGUUUUGUUAUCUCGGAUUUGUGUGUGUGAACAUGCCUUUGCCAAAGCCA